CCUCAAGCCCGUUGCGUCGUAGUGAUGCCAUUUUCGCUUACAAAAGAUCAGUACAUGGUUUGCAUCAACAGGGCCUGCGGCCACCCACCGCCCGGGAUCCUCGACGAGCUCCCCAAUCUUCGGACCGCAUCCUUCACUGACCACCCACCCUCUGGUAUGGCUGUUCCGUCUCGGCAAGCCUUCCAAAUCCUCGGGCAUUUCUCAGAACCACUUCGCUGGACCUUCGUCGCCCAAGAAAUCACCGAGAAAAGGGCCCGUCCGCCGGCCUCACCCAGGCUGACCCUCUCCAUCCUCCGUCCUCUCAUAGAGCUCUGGAUUGCCUUCGUGGCAUUCAUUUGCUCUAGGGCACCAGCUGCGCUUCGGGUAGCUACGUAUCUUCACCUUGCUCGGAUAGGAAACUACCUCUACGGGCCGACCUGUGGUCUGGGCGUGCAGCGACUCCCGUUUGGCCUGUAUCUGAAGAAGAGAAGUCUAGAAGACUACGGUACGCUGAAAAACGAGUACCGAGCGCUGGAGCUCGUGAGACGGCACACCGACGUACCCGUCCCUCGGCCGCUUGACCUGGUAUCCGACGACAAGAGAUCCUACCUCUUGACCUCCGCUGUACCCGGCUGCCACGUGGGGUUGCGUAUCAACAACAUGAGCGAUGAGGAAGUCUCCUCGCUCGUUCGGGAUUUGCGGCGUUGGCUGGAGCAUAUCCGCUCAAUCCCCAAGAGGGUUGCGCCGGAGUACGAGAUAAGCAAUGCGGCCGGAGAGGGGUGCUACGAUUUCAGGAUUCUUGCUGGGGUGGACUGCCCAGACACUCGCGGAGUUAUCUUCGGGCCCUACAAAAACGAAGACGACUUCAAUAGCAUCUUGCAAUGCGGCGCCUUGCCCGAUGUUGCCCAUCGCGCCGGACAUAAGAUUGUCUUCACCCACGGGGACAUCAACAUGCACAACGUCAUGGUCAAGGACGGAAAGCUCUCGGGCAUCGUUGACUGGGAGUGCGCUGGAUGGUAUCCCGAGUAUUGGGAAUACACGAAGGCCCACUACGUCACGAAGCAUCACUGGCAUUGGCGGAAGAUGGUUGACGAAGCGUUCAGAGAGCUGGGGGAUUAUCGAGAUGAGCUGGCUACCGAGAAGAAGCUCUGGGAGUACUGCUUUUGAGUCCGGCUUAUAUAUGUGGGCCGGAUAUCUUUUUCAGGCAGAUAGGCGAUCCUCUACAUGCGUACUUUCUCCAGCGGAACGUAGGGGCCUUCUUGUUGGGUGCUUCCAAAACCAGCUUCUACGACAUCCCCUGCUACCGAAAGGGUGCUCGAUCUUCAU